AUGGUUGAAAAUUGCACUGUCAACAUCUUUAGUGCAUAUGCACCCCAGAUAGGAUGCUCAGAUGAAGAGAAAGAUCGAUUUUGGUCGGACUUAGAGGAGGAAAUGGAAAAGGUACCAGCAGAUGAAAGAUGCCUUGUCGGCGGAGAUCUGAAUGGGCACGAAGGCCAGAAUAACCAUGUGAUCAGCCGUAUACAUGGUGGGUAUGGCUAUGACGAAAGAAAUGCAGAGGAGGAACUAACACAUGAAAUUGAAGAUGUUGAUGAAUGGUGGAACAGAACGAUGGAAAUAAUACUGAGGGUUGCUAGAGAAAUAUUGGGUGAGAGUAGUGGCAAGAUGUUCGAAAAUAAGGAAACGUGGUGGUUCAGUGAAGAAGUGAAGGAAGCAACAAAGCAAAAGAGAGAAGCAAAGGAAAGGUGGGAGGGGAUCCAAAUGGAAGAGGACUGGAUGACCUAUAAGGAAGCAAAUAAAUUAGCAAAGAAAACUGUAGCAAUUGCUAAGGAUAGAGCAUAUGAUCAGCUUUUCAAAGAGCUACAUACCAAGGAAGGGCAAGGAAAGAUCUUUAAACUAGCACACAUGAGAAAUAAGAGUACCAAGGAUGUAACACACAUACGACAGAUUAAGGAUAACGAUGGAAAUGUACUGAGAAAUGAGAGAGACAUAAUAAGGAGAUGGAAAGAAUAUUCUGAGGCCUUAUUGAAUGAAGAAAAUGAGAGAUUUCCAAGAGGAGAUGGACACACAAACUGUGGACCAGUCACAGAACUAACAAAAGCUGAGGUUAGAGUGGCACUGGGAAAGAUGAAAAACAGUAAAGCGGUGGGACCAGAUGGCAUACCUGCAGAAGCCUGGAAGGCUCUUGAUGAGGAAGGAAUUGACAUAUUGUGGCAGUUAAUGAAAAAGAUUAUGGAAAGUGAGAUGAUACCCAGAAAAUGGAGAGAAAGUAUAUUAAUCUCAAUAAUCAAAGAGAAAGGGGACAUACAGUGUUGUGAAAAUUACCGAGGAAUAAAGCUCAUGUCACAUACACUGAAGGUAUUUGAAAGAAUUAUAGAUGAAAAAUUACGGCAACAAGUUUCCAUCGGUAGACAGUAA